AUGCAUUGCCACAAUACAAUCAACUUCAUGGCUUUCACUAAGAAACCCCAACUGAUUCUCUUGCUUGUCUCUUUCAUUUUAGGGCUUUGGGCUUCGCGAGCCGAUGGCAGAUCUCUCCAUCCAGCGUCCCCUUUGUUGUCAAGGCACGAGCAAUGGAUGGCUCAGCAUGGACGCACUUACAAGGACGCCAUGGAAAAGGAGAGGCGCUUUGCGAUAUUCAAGAGCAAUGUGGAGUACGUCGAGUCCUCCAACAGUGCGUUGGGCAAAGAUUACAAAUUAAAAAUCAACGAGUUUGCAGAUUUGACCAACGAAGAGUUCAGAGCUUUUCGUAAUGGCUUUAGACGGCCAAAGACCAAAAUAGGGUCCACAAAAGAUGGUACUUCUUUCAGGUACGCGAAUUUCACCAAUGUGCCAUCUUCCAUUGAUUGGAGAAAUAAGGGAGCGGUCACCCCGGUUAAAGACCAAGGCCGUUGUGGUAGUUGUUGGGCAUUUUCAGCUGUUGCGGCGGUGGAGGGGCUUAUUAAGAUCACUACGGGUAAUUUGAUUUCGCUGUCGGAGCAAGAACUUGUGGAUUGCGAUGUGGACAGAGAUGACCACGGUUGCGACAAUGGUUGGAUGGACGGUGCUUUUGAGUUCAUCCAAAAAAACAAUGGGCUCGUAACCGAAGCCAAAUACCCUUAUAAUGGUUCGAAAGGCGCUUGCAAAGCCAAGGCUUCCCUUGGUCAUACCAUCAAAAUCGGUGGUUAUGAGGACGUGCCUGUGAAUGACGAGGACGCCCUUCUGAAAGCGGUCGCAAACCAACCGGUGUCGGUUGCGGUCGAUAUCAACCAAAACCUCCAGUUCUACUCCAGUGGUGUGUUCACCGGCAAAUGCAAGACUGACCAUGAUCAUGCCGUGACGAUCGUCGGGUAUGGGAAGAGCGCUAACGGGAUGAAGUAUUGGUUGGCGAAGAACUCGUGGGGCACGGGAUGGGGCGAGGAGGGAUACGUGAGGAUCCAGAGAGAGGUCCACGCUAAGGAAGGACUUUGCGGGAUCGCCACGCUAGCUUCCUAUCCCGUUGCAUGAAGUAUUAAUAUAAGUCCAAUAGAUGUAUUGUAUCAAGAUCAAUCCUUGUUGAUUGACUUGAAAUUAUAAUGUCAUUACAAUAAGUCAAUAACUAUAUUUCAUUA